AUGACUGCUGUCGCCUCGGCAUCUCUUCCAGCACUGGGUGCAACGCUUGCUCCGUCCUCGUCGACGCCUGCCAUCGCGCGCGAGGAGCCCGCAAGUACCAGAGGCGCCACUCGGCCGCCUUCUCGUCCUCAGCUUCGUCUGCCGCAACAGCCUGAAAGCGAUACACAUCGACAUCCACUCAAGCGCAAAUGGAAAAGCUUUGUCAACUUCUUCGCACUUCCCAUCCGUACUUACUACCUCGAGCCACCGGGGCUAGCCUACCGCAACGAGCUGCGAGCCAGGCGUAGCCCUGCAUGGGACGACAACGAUGAUCGUCCGUCCUUUUGGCCUUGCCCUGCGUACACGGAUCAGGUCGGAGACGACGAGAUGGUGCUCUUCAAAGCGCAGGAAGAAGCCGAGGCGCUCGCUGCUUUGCAACGGGGUCAACAGGCUGCAACCGCUGGUGCUGACACAGUGCACAUCAGUACGGACGGACAAAUGCUUUCGUCCGAAGACUCGGAGUUCCGAGAUGUUCCCACGGACGACGACGACGACGACGACGAGGAGCAAUAUCACCAGAGCGCUGGCCGCCCUGUUUGGUCAAGCAGGUGGCCACCGACGCCGCCCGAGGCUUCUUCCGUGUCUGCCUUCCAGCCAAUCGCAGCAGGCCCUUCUCCUCGAUACGAGAUUUCGGAUCCUCUUUCCAUCUCCCCUCAAGCACCAGCAUCAGCCUCGGCUGCUCAGCCAAUCUCCGCUUCGCAACGCCCGCAGGUACACAUCCGCACACGCACAACCAGCAAUCUCGCAUCGACCGAUCAGCCCCUCUUCAACAACGGGAUCACCAUGUCUCGGCACCUCUCCACGCCUCUUUCGCCCACCGUCGUCUCUUCAUCGCCCCCGACUCCCGCCCUCUCGUCGAGCCUGUUCCUGCGCCGCAACCGAGCGCAGACCAACGCUGCUCGACCCACGCUCACAGGCCGCAACAUCUCCGAACCACUUAGCUGGACACUGGUACGCUCGCAGUACUCCUACCCGAAACGCGGUCUCACGUCGGAACAGCUCAAGUUCCUCAGCUCGGUCGAAUCACUGGGCAGGUUUGGCAUUGCAGCUACCUCACCCGAUGUCGCGCCAUCACCUGCUUACGAGUCGGCGCCGAGAGGUGGGGCCAACGACUACGGCUUCCCGCUCACACCAGGCAGCAGCAGUCAGCAGCCAUAA